CCCUCUCACUUAUCCCAGCGCAUCCCUCUCACCCGUCCCCCGCAGCCGGCCCUCUCACCCCUCUCCCGCAGCCGGCCCUCUCACCCGUCUCCUGCAGCCGGCCCUCUCACCCGUCUCCUGCAGCCGGUCCUCUCAUCCGUCUCCUGCAGCCGGCCCUCUCACCCGUCCCCUGCAGUCGGCCCUCUCACCCGUCUCCUGCAGCCGGCCCUCUCACCCGUCUCCUGCAGCCGGCCCUCUCACCCGUCUCCUGCAGCCGGCCCUCUCACCCGUCUCCUGCAGCCGGCCCUCUCACCCGUCUCCUGCAGCCGGCCCUCUCACCCGUCUCCUGCAGUCGGCCCUCUCACCCGUCUCCCGCAGCCGGCCCUCUCACCCGUCUCCCACAGCCGGCCCUCUCACCCGUCUCCUGCAGCCGGCCCUCUCACCCGUCUCCCGCAGCCGGCCCUCUCACCCGUCUCCUGCAGCCGGCCCUCUCACCCGUCCACCGCAGCCUCUGCCCUCUCACCCGUCUCCCGCAGCCGGCCCUCUCACCCGUCUCCCGCAGCCGGCCCUCUCACCCGUCUCCCGCAGCCGGCCCUCUCACCCGUCUCCUGCAGCCGGCCCUCUCACCCGUCUCCCGCAGCCGGCCCUCUCACCCGUCUCCUGCAGCCGGCCCUCCAGUAG